AAAGCACGUGGACGUUUUGAAUAUUGUGUACUUGUUUUCGUGCUACAUAGGAAUAUGGGGAAAUCCAAGAAAGAAAACAAAAAUAGUAACGCUAAUGAAUCAGUUACACUGAAGAAGGAGGUUUCAGUGUUACAAGGUGUGAGUAUUGUUGUCGGUGUUAUCAUUGGUUCCGGUAUAUUUGUUUCACCUGUUGGAGUUCUGAAACACACUAAAUCCGUCGGAUUGUCAUUUAUUAUGUGGACUAUCACUGGAUUAUUCAGUGCAUUAGGUGCCAUCGUGUACGCUGAACUAGGUGUUACUAUUCCUCGAUCUGGUGGAGAAUAUAUUUACAUACUCCAGACUUUCGGACCUUUACUUGGCUUCCUAUCUUUCUGGAUUACAUUUGUCGUAAUUGGAUCUGCAAGUUGUGCAGCAAAUGCGCUUAUUUUCGCCCAAUAUAUCCUUCGACCUGUUUAUAUGGACUGUGUUACUCCUCCUAUCGCGAUACGCACGGUUGCAGUGUUAGGACUGCUUCUUCUUUGCUUUGUGCACUGUUUCAGCGUUAAACUGGCAACGAAAGUCGCUGUUGUCUUCACUGCUUGCAAGGUUACAGCUUUACUUAUCAUAAUUGGUUUCGGCCUCUACUAUCUGGGGAAAGGCAAUGUUGAGAGUUUCAAAGAACCCUUUGAAGAUAGCGAAAUAUCACCCGGUGAACUUGCAUUGGGUUUUUACCAAGGGUUUUGGGCUUUUUCUGGUUGGAAUUAUCUCAACUUUUUGACAGGAGAAGUAAAAAAUCCAGGAAGGACACUACCGAUCGUAAUUAUACUCUCACUCACAACAGUAACGCUCAUCUACAUUUUGACCAAUGUGGCCUACCUUGCAGUUUUAUCACCAUUAGAAGUUCUUGCCUCAGAAGGUUCUACUGCAAUAGCUGUGAGCUUUGCAUCAAGAACUAUGGGGGUUGUGGGUUUGGUAAUGCCAGCUCUUGUGGGUGCUUCAGUCUUUGGCAGCAUAAAUGGUGAGGUAUUCUCUAUUUCCCGACUAGCAUUUACUGCUGGUGAAGAAGGACAUAUGCCUGCUCUUCUUUCAAUGGUUAAUAUUGACCGUUUAACUCCAAUUCCAUCUAUAUUAAUUGUAGUAACUCUAUCUGUAAUUUUUCAACAGUUCGAUGACAUACUUUAUUUGAUCGAGUUAACGGGUUUUGCUUUCUCUGUAAUGUCUGCGAUGGCUGUUUGCAGCUUACUCUACAUUCGUCGUACAAAUCCUCAAAUGAAUACAUCAGGAUUUAAAUUACCAAUCUUUUUUCCUGUGUUGUAUUUAAUUGUGGACAUUGCGAUUGGAAUCCUUGCAAUCUAUCAAAAGCCGACAGAUUGUGCAAUUAGUAUUGGAGUAAUGUUACUAGGUGUUCCAGUUUACAUUUUUGGGGUGGUAUGGAAGAAUAAACCAAGAUCAAUUAGAUCUUUAAUAUGUAUGUUACUUUCUUUGACUUGAUAAUAACUUAGUAUUUACUAGAUGGUGUCACAGUCACUUUCCAAAAAGUUUUAAAAGUUGUUGAACAAGAAAAAGUCUCUGAAAUAUUAGAAUUAGAUGGUCAUUUAAAAUCUGUUGGUGAUCAACUAGAAAUAUCAUAAAAAUAUGAUGAUAAUAAACAAUAAAUAAAAAGCUGCGCUUUAUUCCUGUUGCCAUUCAACAACAAAAAGUACAUUUUAUUUCUAUAUCUAUAAACUUUUUAUUAUUAUGAACAUUUUUUUUAGAAAGAAAAUUUAUUUAUUAAAACCUAUUGACAAUGAAAUCUUAUUUAUUAAAUUAUUCCCAUUAUUCUUUAUCAUUAUUACUACCUUAAUUAUUUCUGUUGAUGAAUAUCAUUGCUUCUUUUCUUGUUUAUUUUUCUUUUCUUUCUUUUUAAAAAAGAAAAAGAAAAGAAAAACAAUACCGCGCCUAAAAUUACACUUGAAAUUCAUUCAAUCAAAAUAAUGUUUCUAUCAUUUGUAAAUUGAAGGUAACAUUUUGUUUUAGUUGUUUGUUUGUUUUAAUUUUUCCAUAGGUUGCAGUAUAAAACAUUGAGCUGAUUCAUUUGAUGUUGUAUUGUGAAGAGAUUUCUUUCUUUGUUUGUUUUUAAAGACAUUGUAUUCAAUUUGCUAACAUCUUCUUUGCCAGUUUUAUUAUUAUUUUAUCUUUGCGACUUCUUAUUUUUUUAUUCUAGAUAGGUACGUUUUUUCUUAUUCUUUAAGUGAUUCACUUUAUAUGAUCAGUAGAAUAAUCAUCUUUUCUUUUUUCUUUUUCUAAGAAAACCUUUUUUGUAUAUCCUGAAUUGUUUUGAUAUAGAUCCUUUUUAAAUAGAUUGCAAGUUCAUGUGUAUGUACAUAGUUUAUACACAAAAUUCUUGAUAAUGUUGAAUAAAUAAAUAAAUAUAUUUGGCUGUUUGU